AUGGAACCCCUUCACGACUCAGGGCAGCGGAUGAUGAGACGACUCCACAUGAUGAUCAAUAAUCAUGCCACUGUAUCUGAAGUUGUGACAGGGAGUGGGGAGAAGCAACCAAAAGCCUGCAACACAAAUUAUGAAACCAAGUCAAGUUCUAUUAAGGAACCCGGUUCUAGCAGCAGGCUAGCAGAGCAGCCUCUACCAAAGAAGGAGCGACAAAUCAUCAAAGAAGAUGGAGGCGGCAAGGAUCAAGCUUUCCAGUGCGGUACAUGUGGAGGGAUGUACUCGGAAAAUGGAGUAUUCUGGAUUGGCUGCGACAUUUGCGAUAAGUGGUACCAUGGUGACUGUGUCCGCAUCACACCUGUGGAGGCAAAGCACAUCGAUCAGUACAGUUGCCCCGCUUGCAGCAACAAGAGGAGCAGAGAGUGAGUGAGCAUGGGUCGUCGGCGCCCCUGGUUGAUGUAGUUAGGGUAGUAAGCACUAAUACUGGCUACGUUUGGCGCACUGAUCGUAGUCGUUGUUACUCCUGCUUAUUAUGUGUACUGAGUAGGCUUGCAGCUGUUGCUGCUCUUAUAGUGCACAAGUGGAUUCUUAAAUGUCCAAAUGUCAAAACUUUCUAUA